AGGUAUUGCUAGAGUGGACUAGCGUGAGAGAGCAGGCAACGCCAUUUUCUCAAUUCGCGGGUGAAGUCAGUGUGCGAGUGCGUGCAUCAUUUCGCGACGGAUUUUCGGGUUUUGUGCUGUACGACAACGAUAUUAAGGGCUGUCGAUCGGCCGUGGCGCGUUGACCAGUGUUAUGCUUAAACACGCGGCCAGUUGUACGAUGGAUAUAGCGAGUUUCGAGAGAUCGAAGCGCUCCCGGGAGACGUGACGUCUUGUCAGUCGGCCUUUUCCCAUUUCCCCUUCUUGGUGAGCUCCCGCAGGGAUGGGUCGUGCAGAGUUAUCGUUCAUGAUAACGUAACAGAGACUAAAACGAGUGUAAUCUCCGGCCGCAACGAAAAUUCUCACCGAUCACGAUUUCGCGUGUAAUUAAAACUGUUCGUGGAAAAAAACCGGGACCCGUAGAAUGAUUCGUUCGGGCCAAUGGGCGGAGGUUUAGGGCGGCACAUGGCUGUUGGGGCGCCGGCUGUGCAGGGGGUGGUUUUCCCGACGCUAGCUCGAACUGACGAAAAUUCAUCAAUCUCUCUGUCCAGUCAUCCUAUUAUACUCUGUGCGUACGUGUCUCUCGAUCGGGAUCGUUUGUGAUCGUGGCCGGUCACGGUUCGAAUAACAAGUUCACAGUGACAGUGGAAAGAGAAGUACUCCGUUAUAUGUCUCGAUUUUCUUGCCGAAGAGGAGGAGCUGGCAAAGCUUUUCGCCUAUCGCGGAUUACGCGUGUAUACCGGUGCCGCUGACAAUCUUUAUUCCGUGCACGUAAAGAUCCGACGAAAGGACAACAGGGACGAUUUCUGGACAAAUAACCGGCGAUCAUUGCGCUACCGAACUACCAGAGACAACGUAACGGAUUUGAAGAAAGCGGAGAUCCUUUAAGGAAAAACAUAAGAUGCCGCUUCCAAAGCGACUGGUGGAACCGGUGCUGGUCGCACGCGGUACCAUCCCCGAGGAUUUUCCUUUACCCUCGGAAUUAGAAGCUGUUACGAACGGCACUUUGGCUAAUACCAUUAGGCAACUCUCUAGUUUGUCCAGGCAUGCCGAGGAUCUAUUUGGCGAACUUGCAAGGGAGGCACAUGGCUUGAGCGACAGGGCCAACUCCUUGCAGGCUAGGAUAGAUCGACUGGCUGUGAAGGUCACUCAGCUGGACAGCAGUGUCGAAGGAGUCUCGCUGCAAGAUAUCCAUAUGAGGAAGGCGUUCAAGAGUUCGGUGGUAUUCGACCAGCAGGUUGUCUCCAGGGAUACCAUGCCAACAGCAAUGUUGGAGACCUACCAUCAAUGCGAUACACCACCCCCUCUUGAUAAACUUAACGUUUACAGGGAGGACGGUAAAGAUGGACUAAAAUUCUACACAGAUCCGAAUUACUUCUUCGACCUAUGGAGUCAAGAAAUGCUCAAAGACACCGAGAAGAAGUUACACGAUCGAGGGAAGAAGACCGAGUCUGAAUAUGCCGAACCGUUCAGAGAGCCGCAUAGGCCACGGAACGAGGGUGGCGGAGGAGGCGGUGGCAGACACAAGAAGCGUAUAAGGCAACCGCACAACACGAGAGAAAGGCAAAGACAGUUGGCCGUUGGCCAUGGAGAGUACAUAAUGCCAACGCAGGGUGUCCAGUACAGGGCGCCUCACAAUAUACCGGACGAAUCAUUGCUGGGUAUGGUGAUGACCGAACCACGUCCACCCAGGCCAAACAGCAUCGAACUUAGACGAAGUUAUCCACCGGAGGAACAGCAUCUCUAUAGUCCUCCUUCCUCUGAUCACUACAGGGCAGCGAAUUACGCGGCUCAGGGAUACGAGGACAGUCUGUAUGGAUCGCAUUACGGGCCGGGUCAAGGACAAGCGGGAAGCGAGACCUACCAGAGUCCCGGUGGUCAGAGCACUCCGAGUAGGGGCGGCAGAUCGCGACCCUCGCAACCACCGCCAGCUCCUCCGAGCAACGCUUCUAGCAAUUCAACUCCUACCGUCGCAUCCGCCAACAACACUCCGACACGAGGAAGAUCGAUGAGCACCGGCCGAGACACCCUUCCACCGCCGCCUCCACCUCCUGGUGAAACUAUGUCUCCUCCUCCUAUGAACGGUUCUAUACCGUCGCAUUUGUUGAACAGAAGUGGAAGUCGUCCGAAUAGUCCCUUACCGAGUCAUCACUCCACGCCUACUCCACCAAAUCACUCGACACAGAUCGGAGCCGAUGAAACUGAUCCUGCUGCUCCUCAAGAUUUGCCUCCUCCACCUCCAACCCCAGAUCCCACACCACCCAGACCCAUUUCACCGCCUUGUAAUAUUCCACCUCCUCCUCCACCACCUCCCCCACCACCUGUGGCUAAUGGACCAUCGCCCCUUGUACCGUUAACCAACGGCGACAUUGCCAAAAUGAUAGCGACCAAUCCGCCCAAGCUGAAACCCUUGAAGCCAUUGAAGAAUAUGGACGGGCAAUUGAGGAAGCCCGUUAAUCCGAACAUCCCCCUCGUCGAUCCGCGAAACGAUCUACUUAAAGCGAUCAGAGACGGGAUAAAAUUGCGUAAAGUGGAGAAGAUCGAACAGAAGGAAGUGGAACGCGUGAACGCAUUGAACGACGUCGCAUCUAUACUUGCUCGACGCGUCGCCGUUGAGUUUAGUGACAGUGAUUCAGCAUCGGAAAGCGAGUGCGACAGCGAAGGAUGGGGCGAACAGGAAACAAAUCUCGCGUGACCCAAUUCCCUUCCAUCCACCGCCACUGCCUCCUAGAGAAAUGGCUGACGAUUCUGUCGUUUCGUUAAUUCCCAACGAAACCUUCCACCUCUGUUACUCGUCGCACAAUGUUACACGCUUUGCACGAAACUGUUCAAUAGAAUUGUGUUUCAAAUCCUGAGGCAUGCGUUCAAAGAAAAGGGCAUCGAACGUGGAAACGAACAAGGAAUCAAGGAAUUUCGUUGUUCCAUUAUUUAUGUUAAUAUUUAUGUUGAUACACAGAUGUCUGUGUUAAUACAGAACGCGUUAUCGAUAAGUAGUACCAUUAAAGAUACAAAUGUAAUAUUCUAACGACGAUUAUUAUUUUAUUACGCAUCAUUUAAUCGCCUUUCACAGGGUUAUUUUCAUUUUUGUUAAGAUACAAAGUAUAUUUAAGAAUUUUCUUUUUGUUUUCUCUCUUUUUUUCUUUUGUACAAAUUAAACGAAGAAUUUCUAUUAAGAUUUUUAUCACAGGCUCAAUUCGAUAGCGUGUAUUUAAUUGAAGAGUAUGAUAAUAAUAAUUAGCGUUUCAUAAGACGAUUCUAAGAAUCGUCAGCCAGAUGUAUUUUUAUUUAUUGAGAUUCUUGCGAUCCGAUUGAGAAUGGUAGGCUGAAAUAUAGGAAGGGGAUCCUUAUAAAAAAAAUUUAUUCAACUCUAGAAUCUUUUUUAAAGAACAUGCGUACUCUUUUCUUUUUAUACAAGGAAGGCACUUCCAAAUUAUUUCAUUGUUAGAAAUAAAAUAAUGAAAGUUCACGGAA